AUGUCAUACAUUGCGCCAAUUCAUCGGCCCAGCAGCAUACGCCAUGCGCUGAGGAUCCGUCUGUCUGGAGAUGAGGAUAGCUUGGUGGUAUCGAGAUCAAACAGGCUCGAGGUAUGGCGGGUUACGCAAGACGACAUGUACAUGGUCAGCUCCGCUGCACUAUACGGAACAAUUCUCCUCCUCCAACGCCUCUCCCCGAAAGACCACGAGACGGACCUGCUGUUCGUCGGAACCGACCGAUUCCAAUACUUCACAGCGAGAUGGGACUCGAAAGCACAACGGCUCGUUACCGAGCAGAUCAUGGAAGACAAUGCCGAACCCCACAUGCGCGAGGCCCAGAGCCAGGACAAGUGUCUGGUUGACCCGUCAGGCAGGUUCAUGGCCAUGCACUUAUGGGAGGGUGUUAUGAACAUCAUGCGCCUCGGUGCCCGAGCCCCGUACACUUUGCGAGUCGACCCUAGUUGGGAGCAUGUACGCCUGUCGGAGCUCUUCAUGAAGGCCAGCACAUUCGUCCCCACCGAAACAGGCCAUCCGACCGUCGCCUUCCUGUACCAGACCAAGAUCGACAAGGAGGACGCCAGAUUGGCCAUAUACCGCCUCAUGCAAGAUGACAACAACGUUAGGGUCUCGAGAUUUGACCCAGAAAGGAACAGGGAGUUUGAAUUGGAGAUCGAGGACCCCUACGCAAGGAUCCUAAUUCCCGUCAGUAUCGAGGAAGACGACGUGAAGCGUUAUCACAAGAGAGAUACGUCAGCUGCCAGGGCGCAACUUGGUGGCCUCAUCGUUGUUGGAGAGACACUGCUGGUUUACGUUGACACUUUGACCAAGACCACUGUUGAGGCUGCCUUGACAAACCCGACAAUCUUCGUUGCGUGGGCCGAGUACGAUGUCAGGAACUACUUCCUCUCUGACGACUAUGGCAAUCUGCACCUCUUGACAAUUGAGACCGACGGCGUAAUAGUCACGGAUAUGACUGUUACGCUCCUCGGGUUUACCUCUAGAGCGUCGUGCCUAGUAUACCUGGGAGACGGCAUGUUGUUCUUGGGAUCACACUACGGCGAUUCGCAGCUCUUAAGGGUCGAUGUUGUAGCAGGAACAACGAAACUCGUUCAGACCAUUCCCAACAUCGCGCCUAUUCUUGAUUUCUCCAUCAUGGACCUCGGGAAUGCCGGAGACAGUCAAGUAGGCAACGCGUUUUCCUCGGGUCAAGCCCGUAUCGUGGCUGGAUGCGGUGUCCACCAGAACGGCAGUUUACGCAGUAUCAGAAGCAGCGUCGGUCUAGAAGAUAUGGGCGUCCUAGAGGAUUUGAGCAACGUGCGAGGUCUCUUUUCACUGCGGUCGCACGGCUCUGACAAAGUCGAUACCCUGGUUAUCUCCUUCAUCACGGAUACGAGAGUCUUCAGAUUUGAUUCAGGUGACGACAUUGAAGAAGUUUUCGACUAUCACGGCCUCGCCUUUGACCAGCCGACACUGGUAGCGUCGAGCCUACCCAAUGGCCAGCUCCUUCAGGUUACGCCUACCGGGGUGGCACUGCUCGACCCCGAAGGCGGCAUCACCGUCAGCACGUGGUCAGUACCAGAAGGCCGCAGCGUCGUCAAUGCGUCAUCCAACGGCAAAUGGGUACUAUUGUCCAUUGAUGGCACGACAUUGGUGUCAUUGAAUAUCUUGGAGAAUCUGGCGGCUCGGGAGCAAGUGCUGGGCACCGGUAUCGGAGGCGCAGGAGACCAGAUCUCAUGCAUUCAUGCCGCAAAAGACCUUGAAGAUGUUGGUGUGGUGGGAUUCUGGUCCAAGGGCUCAGUAUCCAUCAUCGAUCUCCAGACUCUUAAUGCCCUGCAUGGAGAAACGAUCAAGCAGACUGACGACAGUGUGUCCGUCCCCCGAGACAUUGUUCUGGUGCAGCUUCACCCCGCUCAUCUACUGGGUCCUACCCUUUUCGUCUCCAUGGAGGAUGGGCAGGUCGUGUCAUUCAAUGUCUCAAGAGAAGACUUCUCGUUGUCAGGCCGGAAAAGUGUCACGCUCGGUAGCAAGCAGGCAGGCUUGCAUGUCUUGCCCCGACCUGACAGCGACGGCGUUAGCAACGUCUUUGCUACCACCGAGCAUUCGAGUUUGAUCUACAGUUCAGAAGGACGCAUCAUAUACUCGGCUGCGACAGCGGAGGAUGUCACACACAUCGCCCCAUUCGAUUCAAACGCUUUCCCUGGUGCCAUUGUUCUGGCCACCGACAAACAUGUUCGCAUUGCCCAUAUUGAUGUGGAGAGGAGAACUCACGUAAACCCACUUCCGCUUCGCGAAACGGUGCGCAGGGUUGCUUACUCACCAGCACUGCGGGCUUUUGGCAUCGGCACCAUCCGCAGAGAACUCAUUAACAACGAGGAGACAGUCACUAGCAGUUUCCAACUGGUUGAUGAGAUCGUUCUUGGCGUGGUUGGAAAACCCUUCCAUCUCGAUGGUGCCGCGUCAACGGAACUGGUCGAGAGCGUCAUCAGAGCUGAGCUUCCGGAUAGUUCUGGUCAGCCGGCGGAGAGGUUCAUCAUUGGCACAAGUUAUUUGGAUGACCCGGAGAUGGACCAAAACAACGAUGCCAAGGGCAGAAUUAUUGUCCUCGGUGUCGACUCUGACAAGAAUCCCUAUCAGAUCGUCAGCCACGAGUUGAAAGGUGCCUGCCGGAGCCUUGCCAUCAUGGGGGACAGGCUUGUUGCGGGCCUUAGCAAAACGGUGGUUGUUUACGAUUACUCCGAAGAUUCCACCACAUCAGGAACGCUCCAGAAGUUGGCGACGUUCCGACCUUCUACAUUCCCGGUUGAUCUGGAUGUUAAGGGCAACAUGAUUGGCGUUGCCGAUCUCAUGCAGUCAAUGACGCUUGUCGAGUUCGUUCCAGCUCAGGACGGCGACAAGGCACGUCUCAUUGAGCGAGCGCGGCAUUUCCAGUACAUCUGGGCCACGUCUGUGUGUCAUCUCGAGGAACACUCGUGGCUGGAAGCAGAUGCACAGGGCAACGUCAUGGUGCUGAGGAGAAACCCCAAUGCGCCUACGGAACACGACAAGAAGCAGAUGGAAGUCAUCAGUGAAUUUCACCUCGGGGAGCAAGUUAACAAGAUCCGCCCGCUCGAUAUUCAACCAAACGAGGAGGACCCAAUCGUGCCAAUGGCUUUUGUGGCAACGGUUGAGGGAUCUCUGUACGUCUUCGCAGAUAUCCAACCUGCGUACCAAAGCUUGCUGCUGCAAUUCCAGGAGAGGCUAGCUGAGGUCGUGAGGACGCUGGGCCAGGCGAACGAGCCCGGUGUGGGUCUGUCUUUCAUGUCGUGGCGAGGCUUCAGAAAUGCCAAGCGGGCAGCCGACGCGCCUUUCCGGUUUGUCGAUGGCGAGUUGAUUGAGCGUUUCUUAGAUCUGGACGAAGAGAAACAGGCCGCUGUUGUCCAAGGACUGGGACCAACAGUUGAGAGCAUGCGAGACCUGGUGGAACAGCUCAAGCGCAUGCACUGA